CAAAAACCUCUGUCGCCUAUAUAUAUAUAUAUAUAUAUGGAAAUAAAAAGGCCUGCACCACACCCUCUAAAUGGCUGAGGUUCACUUCCUUCUCAUAAGCUUCCCAGCCCAAGGCCACAUCAACCCCACCCUCCAGUUCGCCAAGCGCCUCGCCCGUACAGGUGCCCGCGUCACCUUCGCCACCACCGUCUCCGCUCACCGGCGCAUGCUAAAAUACACCCCUCCGGACGGGCUAACCUAUGCCUCCUUCUCGGACGGCUACGAUAACGGCUUACCCGUCGAUGACUUUGCCAACUACAUGGCGAAGUUAAAGGAAGUCGCCUCGAAGUCCGUCUCCGACCUCAUGCGCACUCUCGCUGACGACGGCCGCCCUGUCACGUGCGUGGUAUACACCCUGCUCCUCCCAUGGGUUGCUGACGUGGCGCGUAUGUUGGACACCUCGUACGUACUCCUAUGGAUCCAGCCCGCAGUGGUUCUGGCCAUUUUUUACCACUACUUCCAUGGCUACGGUGAUCUCAUAAAAAGCAAAAACAGUUACCCUUCUUUUUCAAUAGAAUUACCGGACUUGCCACUCCUCACCAUAAAAGAUCUCCCUUCGUUUGUCAUCCCUCCAUGCAAAUACCCUUUCAUCCUUGCUGUAUUCGAAGAACUCUUCCGAGUCUUGGAGAAGGAAUCCAACCCCAGAGUGCUUGUGAACACGUUUGACGUGCUGGAAGGCAACGUGAUGAAAGCCCUCGAUGAGCUGGAGAUGAUUGGGGUGGGGCCAUUGAUUCCAUCAGCUUUCUUGGAUUCGGGAGAGACGUCGGAUAUUUCCUUCGGCGGUGACAUGUUCGAGAAAUCAACGGACUGCGUCGAAUGGUUGGAUUCCAAACCACCUUCUUCGGUAGUCUACGUGUCUUUCGGUAGCAUUUCGGUGCUACCGGAGCAUCAGAUGACUGAGAUUUUGAAUGGGUUGUUGGAUACCAACCGUCCCUUCUUGUGGGUUAUCAGGGCGGCCGAUAGUGGGGCCGAAACUGAAACCGAUACCAAGUUCUGGAAGAAGGUGAGAGCGACGGAGGACAGGAAACUAGCGUUGGUAGUGCCAUGGUGUUCGCAAGUGGAGGUUCUGUCGCACCCUUCAGUCGGGUGCUUCGUGUCACAUUGCGGGUGGAACUCGACGUCAGAGAGCUUGGCUGUGGGCGUUCCGAUGGUAGGAUUUCCACAGUGGGCGGACCAGCCGACGAAUAUAAAGAUGGUGGAGAGUGUUUGGAAGACGGGCGUGUGUGCCAGGGUUAAUGGAGAUGGGGUUUUGGAAGGUGGAGAGCUGAAGAGGUGUUUGGAUAUGGUGAUGGCAGGAGAGGAAGGAGAAGAGAUGAGGAAGAAUGCUGUGAGGUGGAGGGAUUUGGCGAGGGAGUCUGCUGCUGAAGGUGGCUCUUCGGAUAGGAAUAUUCGAGCAUUUGUGGAGGAAAUUGCACAUCUUCGAUGACAAAGUUUGCCUGGCGACUACUCGUAUGGAUGGGUGAAAAUAACUGACACGUGUCUGAUAGAGUUCACCAACACUUUGCUAAUAAGCUCUUGUGAUAA